AUGGAUGGUGAUCUUGUUUGGCUCCGAAUAUCACCCAUGAAGGGUGUGACGAGGUUCAGAAAGAAGGAAAAGCUUAGUCAUAAAUUCAUUGGACCUUUUGAGAUUUUAUGUCGAGUGGGAGAGGUGGACUAUAUGUUUCCCUUGCCACCUAGUUUGACAGCAGUUCAUCAUUUUUUUCAUGUCUCUGUGCUUCAAAAUUAUAUUGGGGAUGAAUAUCAUGUGCUUUCACUUGAUUCUGUGGACUUGGGUCAAGAUUUGAUAUUUGAGGAGGAGCCUACAGUCAUACUAAAUAGGAAGGUUCGAAAUCGUAGGACCAAAGAGGUUGCUUCAGUGAAGGUGGAGUGGAAGCACCGAUCAGUGGGAGGCAAGAUAGGAGACAGAGUCUGA